GUUUGGGGCAGUGAAAAAGUGUUGCAGCAAAGUGAUCGUUGUCACUGCAGCAGCAGCAGCUCCUCCUGUCGCCAACUCUGAACAAUGACGUCAUAAGUCAACAUUUAGGAAUGUAAAUAAACUUAUGAAUGAUACAUUUUAAGUAUUUUGGAAGGUUUUUUUUUUUUUUUUAAGUAACCCAAUGUCACACUCCAAAUGGCGCAGUGUCGCAGCCUGAAGCCUCUUUGGCUUUUGGCUGUGACUGAGAGCAGUUGACAGAAGGUAAUCCCCACCAUGUGAGGCCUCGGCCCCACUUUGGAGGCGGAGUGAGAAUCAUUCAAAUCUGCCGGUGCUAUAAAAAGAGGAGAAGUUCCAAGAAACCCAACUUCAAUCCACAAGAUUACGCACAGCGCCACCUCGUCUGGAGCUGUCAUCCCCGAUGAUGACGAUGAUGUUGUUAAUGAUGAUGGUGAAUGUGAUGAAAGCUCUCAAAAACGCCAUAGUGUGUGUGGUCCUGACGCCCCGCUUCCUUCUCACAGCGGGGCUGCUGGACUUUAUUUGCAUCAGGAAAAGGAUUUUCUUCACGGUGAAGGAGCAGGAGGCGGAUGUCAUCGAUCCUCCUCUCUGCAUAUCCGACUCCAACCGCUUCUUCACCCUGGAGUCUCUCAAAGCGGUGUGGCACGGCCACAAGCUGGACUUUCUGAAAGCCGCACAUCUGGGAAGCGGGGCGCCCAACACCGAAGUGGUCCAGCUGGACGACCAGAGGCGCCGCCGGAUCCUGGACUACGCCAGGGAUAAGAGACCGCUCAUCCUCAACUUUGGCAGCUGCACCUGACCGCCGUUCAUGGCGCGGCUCAAGGCUUUCCAGGGAGUCGUGCAGCGGAACGCAGACAUUGCAGACUCCGUGGUUGUGUAUAUCGAGGAAGCGCAUCCCUCCGACGGCUGGAUGAGCACCGACGCGCCCUAUCAGAUCCCCAGGCACCGGUGUCUGGAGGACCGGCUGAGCGCGGCGCAGCUGAUGCGCCUGGAGGUGCCCGGCUGCCCGCUGGUGGUGGACAGCAUGGAGAACUCUUCCAACGCUGCGUACGGAGCUUAUUUCGACAGACUUUAUAUCCUGCAAGAGGGGAAGAUAGUUUACCAGGGGGGCAGAGGACCUGAGGGGUAUCGGAUCUCAGAGCUCAGAGACUGGCUUAAUCAAUACAGAGCGCAGCUGGAGGGAUCCAGUAAUCUAAUUAUUCAUGUUUAGGUUAGAAAUGUCAUCUUUUGUUUUUUUUUACAAAUGCUGUGACGAUUUAACAACCAUCCAUCUAACAGUGCUGCUGAUUUUUAUUCCACUAUUCUAACUCCAGGUAAAUAGACCCCACCCGUCAGUAAUGUGUAUUUAUUUUUUAUAUGAUCGGAUCAAAUUCAUUUGUUCGAGUGUGGAACAGGUCUAGACAUAUGGAUGUACUCACUAAUGUCAGUUUGACUCUUUCUCCCCCCGCCUGUGAUCAAACAUUGUCUGUACAGUUUGUUUUUUCUUGUUUGUUUGUUUGUUUGUGUUUGUUUUGCGCAAAUGUGUCCUCAUGGAACGCGUCAGGACCUUGGGCAUUGCGCAUCACUGUGCUCCUCAGUAUUCUUGUGAAGUUUGGUUCUUAAAUGGAAUGUCAUCCAGGGAACCGAUACUGAUGUCCUCAAUACUGGUGUUCACAGUGAAGCCGCUGCCCUCUGUCCUGCACAGCACUGACUUUUUUUGUAAACAUAUAUGGCUCCUUUAUAUGGACCUAUUUUUUCAUACAAUAAAAAAAUAAUUUUCUCUA